UUGAAAAUUCAAAAAUGGCGCUGUCACUGAAGGAUCAGAUACGUUCACUUAUGUCUCAAUUUCAUUCGUCUCCAGAAAGUUCUUUGAAUAUUAUGAAAGAGAUUAACUUUCUCAUGUCUUCAGUUCCUCAGUCUGACGUCAGUAAUAUUGUUCAGGAAUAUCAAAUCGCGCCUUUAAUUCGUUACGUCGUUCAAAAUCCUCCAAGACAAAAAGAUGAUCAGGAAGCUGUAAUCAACUUUUUAUCAAAACUUUUGGAUUCUAUUUCUCCAAAUAUAGUUAUAAAGCAGUUUACACCUGAGUUGAUUCUUGCUCUUAAUAGUGAACUGUUGGAUGUUAAAGAAAUGGCUCUGAAACAAGUAAGAUUGUAAA